AUGACCAGUACGCAAGUCGAGUAUUCCGUCGACAAGCCACUGAACCGGGAGCCACCCGCCAAGCAACUCGUCGCGAGCUUCCUAACACCGGCUGAUAUAUCCUACGAUCGGAACCACGGCCCCAUCCCGCAUCUCUCAGCAGACUCCCAUAAAGUGCACAUCGACGGCCUAGUCUCAACCCCUCUCAGUCUAUCUAUCCAGCAGCUCGCGAACGAAUUCCCGCAACAUGAAGUAGUCUGCGCGCUCGAAUGCGCCGGGAACAGGCGGCACACGAUGCGCACGAUGCUCAAGGAAGUGCAGGGUAUCGAUUGGGGGAUGCGGCUGGAGGACGAGAAAGGUCUGCAUGUGGAGUUUUCGUGCUAUCAGGUGAAGUGUCAGGAGGAUGAGUGGUUUGGGGCGAGUGUACCGCUGGAACGGUGUUUGAGGGAGGAUGGGGAUGCCAUUCUUGCUCUGCAGGUGAAUGAUGCUCCGCUACCCGUGAACCACGGGUAUCCCGUGCGAGUUAUCCUGCCUGGGAUUGUCGGCGCGAGAUGGGUGAAGUGGCUGGAUCGCAUCACGGUCUCGGACCAUGAGUCGCCGAAUUUCUACCAGCAGCAUGAUUACAAGGUCCUGCCGCCGUCGGCGGUCGAUCAGGAGUCAGCGCAGCCGUUUUGGGCACAGACGCCCCCCAUGUCUGAUAUGCCUAUCAACUCUGUUGUCGCGGUCCCGGAAGAUAAUGCGACUGUUGCUUUGUCGAGUUCUGGGGUUAUGGAGGUAAAGGGGUAUGCUGUUCCGCAUGGUGCGGAUGGACCGGUUACUCGUGUGCAGGUUUCAGUGGAUGGAGGGAGAACGUGGAUAGAUGCCAAGAUUGACGAAGCUGGGCAGGGGAAUAGGCGAUGGUGCUGGGUGUUGUGGACUGCAGCUGUGUGUCCUGAAGUAGGAACAGGGAGGGAAGUCUUGAGCAGAGCUUUUGAUGCUGGUGGCAAUGUACAGGUAGAACAUUCACAGUGGAACCUGAGGGGUGUCGGGUAUAAUGGUGUAAGAGCCCAGAGUUUUAUGGCCAGGCAGACUCUUUGA